AUGGGCACCGCCGCAAAGCCCCCUCCCUUCGUCUGCUUCAAGUGGCCUUGGGGCCCUAGCCUUAAUGGGAGCCCUAGCGCCAGCCCAAGCCCCUGCGGCGACCUCGAGCGCCCCUGGCUCUUCAAGUCUAUCUCCACCGUCGCGCAAGGCCUCGCCAUCGCCGGUGACAUCCCCUCCGCUUCCAGUGGAAGCGGAGGUCAUGGGGCGAGGUUGUGGAAGCGUCACCCGGGCACCGCGCCGAUGGAGGCGGACCGCGGGGACGCGGAGCAGCGGGCGCUGGCGGCGGCGCUGGUGAGCGCGAGGGCGACCACGGUGCUGGAGUUCUACUCGCCGCGCUGCCGCCUCUGCUCAUCGCUGCAAGGCCUCGUGCGCGAGCUCGAGGAUGGUGGCAAUGCAUCUGCGAGCUUUGUGCUCGCCGACGCCGAAGACGACCGGUGGCUCCCGGAGCUUCUGCAUUAUGAUGUCAGACAUGUUCCUUGUUUUGUGCUCCUGGACAAGAAUGGUAGAGCCCUAGCGAAAACCGGAGUUCCAACUAGCAGGCAGCAUGUUAUCGCUGGCCUUCAUCAUCUUCUUAACAUGAAGCAACCAUCUGGGCAGUACGGAAAGAUUAUAAGUCUUUCUAGAGAUUUCACUAUGGACUACAUACGGAUGUAUGUAGACGUAGUUUAG